UAUCUAAUCCAAGCCCUAAGAAUAAGAACUUUAAAAUAUGAUUUAAAUACUUAAUAUUAAGCAGCAAAACAAAAUAUAUAAUGUUUCGCGCGUAUUAUAAAAUUAGUUCAAUCGAGUGCUUAUCAACACACAUACUUACUGCACAAGUACAAUUUUUUCGGUUUUCGACAAUCGCAAGAUCUUCGGCGAGCACAAAAUUACAGGAUGCAAGAAACGUGCCAUCAUCUAAUAACUCUGGUCACUCCAGCAUAUUAAAUCAACAGAAAUCAGAAAAUGUAAAAAUAUCCGUAGAGAAAUGUCCAUGGAUGCCGAGCCCAUAUUUAGAUGACGACAAAGUUCUUAGUAAAUAUAAAAAACUUUCCAAGUUUCGCUUGACAUCAUUAGUUGUCAUAACGGCAAUGGGCGGAUAUGCCAUGGCACCGGCUGCAUUUGAUUUAACCACAUUUGCAAUGUGCACAUUGGGAACAGGCUUGGUUUCAGCAGCGGCAAAUGCCAUCAACCAAUAUCAUGAAGUUCCCUUUGACUCACAAAUGUCGAGGACGAAAAACCGCGUGUUGGUAACUGGCCAAAUAACUCCGCUCAAAGCGGUUAGUUUCGCAGUUGUAUCAGCGACGUCAGGACUAUGUUUGCUGUAUUUUGGUGUCAACGGGUUAACAGCAGCAUUGGGCGCCGGUAACCUGUUUCUUUACACCUCAAUAUAUACGCCAAUGAAGCGAAUGAGUAUUGCCAACACGUGGAUAGGCUCAAUUGUUGGGGCAAUACCGCCACUGAUGGGCUGGGCAGGUUGCACAGGAACUCUGGAUGCGGGCGCAAUGAUUCUUGCCGGAAUACUGUACGCGUGGCAGUUCCCCCAUUUCAAUGCCCUGUCGUGGAACCUGCGUCCGGAUUAUUCGCGAGCCGGCUAUCGCAUGAUGGCUGUUACCAACCCGGGCCUUUGUCGUCGAACUGCAUUACGUUAUGCAUUCGCGAUUUGUGGACUGUCUCUGGUAGCUCCCCUUGCUGAUGUUACUAAUUAUUGGUUUGCUUUGGAGACGUUGCCUUUAAAUGCUUACUUUUGUUAUCUAGCUUAUAAAUUUAACUCCAAAUCUGACAGUGGAAGCUCCCGAAAGUUGUUCAGAUUUUCAUUAAUACAUUUACCUGCCCUCAUGCUACUGUUCCUGGCCAACAAAAAAAAUUGGUAUUUUAAGGAUAAUGUGGAAGAAAAGCACGUGAAAAGUGAUGACUCUUAUGUGUCCCGCUUUACUACCUCGCCAUCAGGCAGCCUGGAAAAUGUAAUACCACUGAAGGUAACAGUUGGUUCAAGUUGAUCUUUGAUGCACCAACUUUAUUGUAAUUCCUUUAGAUGUAAUUAGAAUAUAUUUAUUCUAACUUAAUAAACAAA